AUGAAGGUCAUUCUGUUCCUUGCGCUUUGUCUGUACUUAAGCUAUUUCUCAGAGGGUAGGAAGUUAAGUAGGUGUGAGUUUGUAAAAAUCGCCCAAUCAAAAUUGAAUGGAGUUGCCGGAGCCAGUACUGCUGACUGGGUAUGUCUUGUGAAACAUGAAAGUGAUUUCAACACUGCAGCAAUAAACCACAAUGGACGAAGCAGAGAUUAUGGACUAUUUCAAAUUAACAGCCAAUAUUGGUGCAAUGAUGGAAAGACAGCAGGAGCUACCAAUGGAUGUAAUAUUGACUGUAGAAGUAAGUAUAUAAUCGAUUGA